AGCAUCGCCAGGUCGAGACGCACCGGACCUCGCAGACGCGCCAGUGCACGCCGAGACUGUGCUUACCGAAUCACGCAAAACAACAUGCUCCAGUUCGGCGGCAGGGUGCGCGGCGUUUCCGCGCUCGUUUCUCUCAUUCUGGUGGCGUUGGCGGCGGCAUCAUCCGAUCUCUUUGACAACCAACUGGGCGAUAUCAAUUACUGCAAAAAACAAUGCCAGAUGUCCAUCAAAAACAAAAGCCCCGCCAAAGACUCCAUCAUGAACGCCUGUCACCGCGGCUGCCGGCUGUACUCAAUCUGCCAGUUUGUGAAUGGAAAUUCAGGCAUCAAUACCAGCAAGGAAGAGUGCCAGGGAGCGUGCCAGGAGGCCUACAGCAAACUGCUGGAGCAGGAGGCCUGUAGCACCGGGUGUGCCAGCCAACCCGCUGAGCCAGAGAUCAAAAGAAGGAAGCUGAAGGCCCUGACCAACCGCCCCAAGCCCAUUUCUGUGAUGGAUGCCUUGUCCAGCUGGUGCAACGACAUCGUCAGUUCCGCUCAGAGCUUCAUUUCCUCCACCUGGACCUUUUACCUGCAGGCUGAUGAUGGGAAGGUUGUUGUGUUCCAGAGCCAACCAGAGAUCGAAUACUCUUUGCCUGAGUUACAAGCUCCGCGCUCCAAUGUGGCUGACAAACCCUGGCCCCAAGUCAACUCUCACACACAGCGACCGCAUACCGGUGGUCGGUCGCACGGGGAGCGGAAUGCGGCAAAACCUGGAGCCAAAGGAAAGCAUGUCAGCCAACACGCUGAGGAUGCAGCUGCAGAGCAUGACUUCCUGGGCUGCAUGUCAAGGCGCUCAGGUCUGCCACGCUGGAUAUUAGCAGUGUGUCUUUUCCUAUCCAUCAUGGUGAUGCUGUGGCUGAGCUGUGCCAGUCUUGUCACAGCACCCGAGCAACACAUCAAGAAUCAGCAGAUGAUGCUUUUACAGCUAAGCAUCAAUGGCGACAAGGAGUUCUUGGAUGACACCCAAAAGGUCAACCCCUACCACCUGACACCAGUGAUUGCCAUGACGAUCAGCCAAUCGGAGGAAAGCAAGGAGGCGGGUCCGCUUCCAGUCAAGGUCGACCUCAGCAAAACAUCGCUUUAAAGGAAGUACUUUCGAUGACGGCACGUACUCAGAGCAACCAAUCGAUUUAGAGGAAAUACACAUCAUUUUUCUAAAUAAAAAUACCUGCAUGAUGACAUUUAUUAUAUUGGUUAUAUAAGUACGUCCUGUCCAAAUCCUACUUCACCUGCUGAAUCGGCAAACCUCAUGAAAUCAUAGUGUUAGGUGCUCGUUUACAUAAUGUACUAACUUAUGCGUCGUCGACUAUAAUAUAUUAUACAUCGAAAACUGUAGUUACGUUUGAGCUCAGCAUUUUUCUUAUCGCUGUUGUGAUAUCGCACUGGGAGCUCAGACGAUAGAUAAUGCCGCUUAUAAAAACCUCGAAAGAAGAGUAUAGGAUUAUUUGUCAAGUUCUGGAGGCUCUACAGCAUUGAGAUUAUAAAGAACGCAAUACGAAUAAUAUUAAACAGUCAAAGUGAUCUUCCUAUUUAGUAACAAGUAUCACAAGAGUUCAAUGGGGAUCUGUCAGGAAGAGUCUGACUUUAUUGCACACUUCGAUUUUUACUUCGAUGUGAAUAGAAAAAUCAAAGGCGAUCAUUUAGCGAAAGAUCAAGUUUGUAACAGAUGUUCCAGACGACAUUUACAAAGCAUUUACAAGGGACAUGACGUCCACAUCCUUUAAAUUGAUAUCAAUAUUAGAACUUUAAUUAGGAUUGUAUUAAAUUGUAGUUCAAUUUAGUUGAAUUUUUAUAUGCGUACAGAAAUGUAGGGACAUUUUAAUAUGCUUAUGCAUCUAAAAUCGAAUUGAACUACCCACAUUUACAUUAAGGAAGCAUGGUGUGUAUUUAUUUAUUUAUUUCUGUAUUUAUUCAAAACUUUCAGUAUAGCGUCUGUUGUCUUUAAUGUCUCAUUUAGAUAACCCAGUGCCACUGUAAGAAAGAUAGAAAGACACAAACAUAGCUUGCUAUAUGAUUCUAAUGCAUUAACCCUUGCUUAUAUAUCUCUGACCUAUUACAGAUUUUGUUUCAUCCUAUUGGGAAAACUGACCCAUAAAGGGAAAGUAAAGGUGUUGGGGUGGGGUUUAAGAUGGGAUGAUUUGUGUCUGCCUACUGUACCGCCAGGCUUUGACAAAUACAUAUUUUGUAACCAGACUGUAGAAUCGAGGAGCUUUCAUGGCACUAUUUGUCUUGUGCAGCUAUUUUUCACUUUUAAGCCAAGCCACGGUGCAUGCUUGUACGCUAUGAGACAUUGAAUAUAUUGUCCCAUCUCUUUCUUCGAAAGCAAACUGCUGUAGGCUUGUGAUCUUUGUGUUUUUGCUAAAUGUUCAGUAAUUAUGACUAUAAAUUAUUAUUAAGAAGAGGUGUGGUACCUUAAUAAGCCAUUUAAUAUCUACUCCUGGUUCUAAGCAACGUCAUUAUUGUAUGAAAUAAAAGUCAAUGAUAUCUUUUUUCUCUUUUGAACCGUUUACAUAACAUAAUCCACAAUAUCAGAUGAAUAAAGUGUUUUCAUGUAAUUAA